CGUUUGCAGAGGAGGACCACAUUUAUAUUUUUUCUGCCACCUAUACCUAGGUAUAUAAAGACGUGCGCGUUAUCGGACGGCUGGCGUACGCUGUUUAUCGAUCGCACGUGAUCGUCGAGGCAAUAUUAUAAUAUUAAUAUUCACGGUCGGCACCGCGUAUUAUUAUUACUGUCGUACUAUCUCGUCAAGACACAACACCGGCUCUUGCUGAUUUCGAACGGAAACAAGUUCGAUCUCGCGGUGAAAAAAUAUCUACAGAAAUAUAUCCAUAUACCCAUACCACAGACAGCGCCAAAUCUCAAUACUGAACACUGACGGUUAUCCGAGUACUUCCGCAAAGGUUAUAAUAUUGUUUUUCCACCGUCCACUGGGAAAGAAUCGCAAAUAAAUCAGAAAUGGAUUCCGAAUCAUUCAGAGUAUGCGGGAAGACCGUUGUCGACUACAUCGCAGACUACAUGGACAACAUCCGAGACAGGCCCGUUCUGUCCACCGUCAAACCAGGCUAUCUGUACGAAUUGGUGCCGCCCGAGGCACCGGUCAAAGGUGAAGAUUGGAAGACGGUGUUGGCCGACGUGGAGAACAUAAUCAUGCCCGGCAUUACACACUGGAACUCGCCGCAGUUUCAUGCGUUUUUCCCGACCGGAAACUCGUAUCCGGCCAUCGUCGGCGACAUGCUGUGCAACGGCAUCGGAUCUAUAGGAUUUUCUUGGAUAACGAGUCCAGCGUGUACUGAACUCGAAGUGCAAGUUAUGAACUGGUUUGGGAAAAUCUUGGACUUGCCGAAAGAGUUCUUGAACGAGUCCGAAGGACCCGGUGGUGGCGUACUUCAGGGCAGCGCCAGCGAAGCCACGUUCGUGUGCCUGUUGGCAGCCAAAGACCGCACGACGAAGCGGAUCAAAGCACUCAACCCGAGCUUGACUGACGGUGAGAUCAAGGCGAAACUGGUGGCUUACACUUCCGAUCAGUCCAAUUCGAGUGUGGAGAAGGCCGGUCUCCUGGGAUCGAUGCCGAUGAGGAUGCUCAAGGCGGACGAGAGCGGUCGGAUGACCGGACCCAUACUGGCCGAAGCCAUGGCCGAAGACGUCGCCCGAGGGUUGAUACCAUGUUACGUGGUCGCCACGUUGGGCACCACUGGCACUUGCGCGUUCGACUGUCUGGAGGAGCUUGGCCCCAUCUGCAACGAAAACGACAUUUGGCUGCACGUCGACGCUGCUUACGCAGGUGCUGCUUUCGUGUUGCCGGAAUACAGACAUCUGAUGGCGGGAGUGCAAUUCGCGGACUCGUUCGACGUUAACUUGCACAAGUGGCUCUUGGUGAACUUUGACUGUUCGGCCUUGUGGGUGAAGAACGCCACUUAUUUGGUGGAUGCGUUCAACGUGGACCGGGUGUACUUGAAGCACAGCUACCAGAGCCAGGACCCCCAAGUACCGGAUUACAGACAUUGGCAAAUACCGUUGGGCAGGAGAUUCAGAUCGUUGAAAAUGUGGUUCGUGUUGAGGCUGUACGGCGUGGAGGGUCUACAGGCACAUAUCAAAAAGCAGGUUCACUUGGCGGACUUGUUCGGGAAGCUCGUCAACCAGGAUCCGAGGUUUGAAGUCAUCACGGUCACCAUGGGACUGGUUUGCUUCCGAUUGAAGGGCAACAACGACUGGACGAAAAACCUUUACGAGCGACUGAUGGCCAGCGGACAAAUCUAUCUGGUAACGGCCACCGUCCGGUCGGAGUUGGUCAUACGGUUCGUGGUCUGCAGCCGACUGACGGAAGAGGUCGACGUGCAGUUCGCCUGGGACGAGAUACGCGGACAGGCCGACCGCGUGGACAGCGAACGCGACGUGGCGCCAGCGAGCAUUUGCAAUGGCCUUUCAGGAGCAUGGCCGAAGGACAAGGUGGAUUGCGAAGAACUCACCGCUGCCACCCCCAUCGUCGUCAAGUCCCUGACCCAAGGAUGAGCUACCUGUAUGAUACAAUAUAUAUAUAUAUAUAGUUAUCGUCUUCGUAAUAUAUAAUAUUAUAAUAUACCUUAAAUAGGUGUCGUUAUUAUUAAGGGUUAGGAUGCACGAAUGCGAUCGGCUUUUGAAAUGUGUAAAUUAUUAUUAGUAUUAUUAUUAUUAAUGUUAUUUGUUAUUAUAAUUAAUCCGUGUGUGCAAUCGUAUAGUGGUAAAAUAAGAAACCGAAAAACCAUGACGCUCCGACCAAAAGUGUAAUACAUUUAGAAUACAUUUUCGAUACCCAAAUACGUAACAGAUAUUUACUCGUAUUAUACCGUGUGCAUUGUGCUGCUAAUAACAGUUGUUUAUAAUAUUAUCCCCGAAAUCGUUAACGUCAUUUCGAUUCAGCCUUUGUAUUGGUUACUAUAUUUACGUAAAAAUAAAAAUAUUUAGGUAAU